AUGGCCUCCCAGGUUUGUCAAAACUAUCACCAGGAUUGUGAAGCUGCUGUCAACAAGCAGAUUAACCUGGAGCUCACUGCCUCCUAUCUCUAUCAGUCUUUGAUGUCGUACUUUGACCAGGAUGUUGCCCUGCACCAUUUCUCCCAGUUCUUCAAAGCUCAGUCCCAGGAGAAGCAGGAACAUGCAGAGAAGCUGCUGAAAUUCCAGAAUCGGCGUGGGGGCAGAGUCCUCCUCCAGGAUGUGAAGAAGCCAGAGAGGGAUGAGUGGGGUAACGGUCUGCAGGCAAUGCAGGUUGCCCUGGAUCUGGAGAAGAAUGUGAACCAGAGUUUGCUGGAUCUACACCAACUUGCCACUGCCCAGACUGACCCUCAUCUGUGUGACUUCCUGGAGACCCACUAUUUGGAUGAGGAGGUUGAGAUCAUCAAGUGA